UUCCCAUCAUCCUUUGUCGUCCGGCUAGAGGGGGAUGGAAAUGGCGGCGAUUGAUGGAAUGGGGCUGUUGUUGCGCUUUUAAAACGGCAAAAAACAGUUUCUGCUGUAUUUUAACAGGCGAUUUCAUGUCUUAAAAAGAGAUACCAGUAAAUCAAGACGGAGGCUUCGGUCUGAGACUGCACAUUACUGGACUGAAGGUUGAUUGCUGGAUUCCAUUCUUUCGGUGUGGCCUCGCCCUUUACUUCCAACCUCCAGGUUCCACUGUCUGACCUCUGCAUGACCAGUCCUCCUGGCCCAUGGACUUGACUCCAGCAUCAGGCUUCAAAAGGAGACCUGCUGCCUCCUCUUCCCCUGCUGGAGUGAGAGAGAUUGCCAGGAGCCCUCCUUCCCGCUCACCUUCCUUGUCUCCGUCAUCUCCUUCAUCUGAUCCAUCUUCACCGUUGUCUACAUCCUCCUCCGUCUGCGCCAACUCGUCAGUUUAUCAGAACCAUGUAAAAGGUCAGACUCGGGGGACGGAGGUGGCCAGGGUGUCCUCCACUUCUGCCUCUCCAGCAACGUCAUCUCUCUCUACACCUAUACCCAACACCACCUCAGAUUCCUUCCCUCACACCUCAGUGCAUCAAGGUGUUGAUUGUGAAGAAGAGGGCAGGAAGAAGGAAAUGUAUGAUCCCUUCCAUCCAACUGAGGGAGACAAGGAGGGAAGGGUGGAGGGAGAGGAGGGGGAGGGGGAGGAGGGAGAGGGGGAAAAAUAUGACCCCUUUGACCCCACUGGUUCCCCAGCAUCAGACACCGAUGACGGGAGCGGCAAAAUGAGGGGAGAGACAAAAAACGCUGAGAGAGAAAAUGAUGAUGAGAAAGAGGAAGAGCCUCCGGAUUCCACUGAUACCUUCACUGAUCUGCCAAGCCCCUCUCUGGCCACCAAACUCCCUCUGAGGAGGAGAGUGGACUGUAGCAUCACCAAAGCUGGAGAGCAGAGGGAGAGCGCAGACUCUGACCACUCUGAGAUAGAGGAGGGGGAGAUAGUCGGGGCUGCUGACAGAGAUGGAAGCAACAAGAGAGCAGCUGGUGGAAAUCUCCCCUUGAAUUCAACCAACGUCUCCUUCUUUGGUUCAAAGCCAGAGCGCAUCCUCCGAGUGCUGGACGGGGACGGCUUCGUGUCCGUGUGUGCAGAGGGCAACUGGGAUGUGGAUAGGGAGCCUGAGGAUGAGCCUAUGGUAGGAGUAGAGGAUCUGAGAACGAAGCUGGUCAGCAGGCGGAAGGAAAGAUAUCUCUCCUUUCCCGCUUCUUCGCCCCUCUCUCCUCAACCACCACCACCCCCUCCCUCCCAUCCCGAAGCUUCUCCACCCUCCUCCCCUCUCGCGCCUCCUGUCGAGCAAGCGAGCAAGAACCGUAAGUCCACCAAGAGUUCCAAGGAGCAGGACAGACAGAAAAGCAAGGACAGGAAGGCCGGGGAGAAGGAGGAGAGAAGAAAAAAGAGAAGGAAGGACAAAGAGGGAGGUCGAGAGAGGAGCAAAGAAAGGGAGCAAGGGCACAAGAGCGGUAAGGAGAUGAAAAGUCGGAGGAGCAGCAGGAGCAGUAGCCGGAAGAGGAAGAAAAGACGGCACAGCAGCCCAGAGGCCUCAGGAUCCCACAACUCUUCAGGGAGAGGGGGCCACACCAGGCGCUCCUUUUCAAGCCUAUCCGAAGAACGACACAGAGAGAGGGAAAGAGAUAAAGACAGAGCGAGGGACAGAACUGGAGAGAGGGACAACGACAGAGAGAGGGAUAGAGACAGAGGAAGAGAGCGAGACAGGGAUAGAGAGAGAGACCAAAACCGCACCAGUAGCCGCAGAAGAGACGAAAGAGACUCUAGAGAUUCUAGCUCUAGAAGGGAGGAGAGGGAAAGGAAGGGAAGACAACAUUCAAGCAGCAGAGAGCGGGACAUUUCAAAGGGGUCCAAAAGAAGCAGGGAAAAGAGGGAAGGCGAAAGAGACAGGCAGCGCGAGAGGGAACGGCGCCGGGACGGUCGUCCUGUGGUCCCGCCAUCUAUUCAAGACCUCAAUGGUUCUGACCUCUUUGCCAUCAAGCGAACCAUCACCGUCACCACGACAACCACCACCACCACCGUACCCGGCUCUCCAAGACUGGCCCCGGCCUCUCCUUGUCGGCCCACACAGGACUCAGACAAGCCCCACAAGAGGAAGAAGAAGAGAAAAUGGCGCUCGGCUGGAGAGGAGGAGGAUCAGGCAAGUUGUCACAGCCGAUCCCAGUCACUGUCACCACCGAGAUAUCACAGCUAUGAGUCAGACCGCUAUUCAGACAAACUGGAGAUAGAUGUGUUGUCCUUGGAUGGCGAAGCUUUGGACUCUGACUACCCAUCUUUGGAGGAUACACCUCCUGCUGCCCUGCCUCCAGAACCACCUGCCCCCAGCCCCAAAACUAAAACAGCCCCCAAGACUGGACGACAUCACCCGAAAAAGAAAUCUCGCACAUUAAAGAAAAUAGGCCAAUCGGAAUCCUCUUCCUCCUCUUCAAAUAGAACCAAAAGCAAAUGCCUUUCCUCGUUGUCGGUCACUUCAGGCCCCGCCCCUGUCUUAUCAGGUCUCCCCUCAGUGAAGCGAGCCAGGAAGAUGGGAAAGGACAAAGAGAGACAAAGUAGUAGAAAGGAUUUGGGUCGCUCUGGAAAAUCCAAGAAAGAGAGCAGCGGCAGUCGGAAAGGCAAGCUUCAAUCCAAAGUGUCUGUGCUGGUGCGUGACGGUGUGAGCAGCACCACGGGGGCUUCGGUCGGCUCUGGAAAGCUGGGCAUGGAUCUCCUGGGGCCAGGAGGUACAGGAGGGGGUGGCGGGGGCUCUGUGGUGGGUGGCUCAAUCGCAGUAGUCUUCUGCCGAGACAAUGAGAGCAGGUCUCCAUUCCUCAAACCUUGCUCAGAACCGCUGUCACUGGGCAGCCGCGGUAAAGAUCUGGCCGGUAUGGGCAAGCGGAGCAGCCUGGCCGCACCUCCAUCCUCCUUAACCAGUCCUACGGGACUGAAAUCGAAGAAGACUAAGCCCAGCUCUAUCACAUCCACCUCCUCUUCUGCCUCCUCCCCAUCAUCAUCUCUGGCAACGAAGCGCCGCCGUCGCCUGGCCAAGAAGACCAGGGAGAAAGGCGGAGCGACAGGCUUGACCGCCGGAGACAGCAGCCAAACAAAAGCCACAUCCGAUGGCUGGGCUGGAGCCUCCUUAGACAUUCAGUCAGCUGUUGGCGAUGGGACCAAGUCAAUCAGUCCACACUCUGGCCAAGCUGGCCCCGCUCCCUGUUCUUCCUCCUCUUCUUCCUCUUCCUCAUCCUCCUUCACCAGUGUUCUCCCACCCUCCUCCUCGCCACCCCACUCACCUCCACCCUCUAUGGCUCCUCUGCGGGACACCAGGGAGUCCUCACCAGACUCUCAGACGGUGGACAGCAGCUGUAAGACUCCAGAGCCUUCUUUCCUAGCUGAGGACUGUCCAACUCAGACCAGCCCCACGCUCCCACCGUCCAGCCCAUCCAGCCUGUCUACCUCCCAGGGAGCUGGCCUCAGCAAUGCCUUGUCUACAUCCACCGCCAAGCCCCCUCCUCCAGAUGACGCACCCAAAUCUCUGGCCUCACCUCCUUGCUCGUCCUCUUCGGCAGGGUGCGGUCUCACUUCCCUUUCUCUGCCUCUGUCUUCGUCAGACCCAUCCUCCUCCUCGGUGUCCUCCUCGUCCGCUAGUAAGCCUCCUCCUCCUCCUCCCCCACCUCCGGCAGCUCCUGCCCUCCCUUGGAGUCUGCAGACCGGGGUGGACUGCACAACUGGAGGAGUCUUAGCAUUGACUGCUUUGCUCUUCAAAAUGGAAGAGGCAAAUAUUGCCAGCAGAGCCAAAGCACAAGAGUUCAUCCAAGCAACCAGUCAGAUCCUCUCUCAGGCUAAUCAGAGCCAGUCCCAGCAGCAUGCUCCUCCUUCCUCAGCAUCCUCCUCCUCCUCACAGAUCCCUCCCCCUCCGUCUCUCCCUCCGCCUCCCGGACUGAGCCCAGCCCAGUUUAUCCUACACAGCUCCCUCCCGUUAGUUGGUUGCACCAAAACUCCACCCUCUCACCUGCACCCCUCCAUAGGUGGUGGAUGCGCACAGACCCCGCCCCCCAUCAUGCCUGUGGGGCUGUCGGGAGUGACGGGGAGCUCUGGGGACACUGGAUGGGAUAAUGAGAGCAAAGACCCUGAUAAGUACCUGAAAAAGCUGCACACCCAGGAGCGAGCAGUGGAGGAAGUGAAGCUCGCCAUCAAACCUUACUAUCAGCGCAAAGACAUCAACAAGGACGAAUACAAAGACAUCCUCAGGAAAGCUGUGCAUAAGAUCUGCCACAGCCGUACCGGGGAAAUCAACCCGGUCAAAGUCAGCAACCUUGUAAAGCUGUACGUCCAGCGCUACAAAUACUUCCGGAAACAUGGACGCAAAAUGGACGAGGAAGAGAGGGAUGACAGGGAGCCGGGAGCGCUGCAUUCCUCUGCCUGAUGGGAGGGCUUUUUAAAAAAAUGUUCCCUUACACGGCCAUCUGUUCAUGAUCUGGAACAUUCACUGAUUGUUUUUGUUUAAUGUUUUUAUUAUUUUCAUAGCCCACCAUGUCUAUGCUUUAUGUGAUCUUAUAGAAGUCUCUCACCUUACCUCUGCAAUCUCAAUGUAAAUAUGUCUCACAUAGAAAAUGUGUCAUGUAUACAAGGUUCAGGAGGUGGAUGCCAUCAUCAUCACCUGUGUGAUCUAAUACAGUCCAAUACAACAACCCUGCAAUAAAUAUUACCUUUGUAAAGCUUCUAAUUUAUAGUUUUUGUUGACUGUGCCCAUUAGAGGCUUCACAAUGGUGGUACAAAUUGCUGUGCUAUUUUUUUCAAUAGCAUUGGAUUAGGUGUUCAUGCUAUUUUGUCUACCCCAUGUAUAUCAAAUCCAAGCUGAGGGGAGAUGUGAUACCCGGUUGUACACACCAAAAUAUGUUGUACAAACUGUAAGGACACUACAUCACAUCACAUAUCCCCUCUCUCCCUGUGUCUCUGUUUUUUUUGUUUUUUUUGUUUGUUUGUUUGUUUGUUUGUUUGUUUUUUGUUUGUUUUUUUGCAGACAGUAUGCAAGCUGAAGCUGUCAGUGCGUUGGACAGCUGAUUGAUGAUGGUUUAAAUACAUUUGACACUUGGCUUCUAAGGUCUUGGAA